AAGAAAAGUUGAGAGAGAAAGGAGAAUAAGAAAGCUGUAUAUCUGGAGAGAGCUAGCGAAAGCGGCCGCGAGAAAGAGAGGAGAAGAAGACGACGGCGAGAGAGAGAGAGAGAGAGAGAGAGAGAGGAGAUAGCGAGGUAGAGGCCAGAGCAAGGGCGAAGGGAAGGAGAGGUGCGGGAUUCCACAGCUCCGCUCUCGGAUUGUAUCUUCUCCGAUUAUCUCCCGAGCCUCUGCCCUGCGCCUUCCAUUUGGAUUUCUCUUCGUCGGCAGCGGUUCUGUUCGCGCUUCGGUCGGCGCCCUGGCCGCGACUAGUCGAUCGAAUUUUCCAUUUCGCCGGAUCGACUGUGGCUCGCAGAAGAAUUGUUGUCUUCUGUGCUUCUCCUGCUCCGUUUGUUUGGUCGUUUUUGAGUCGGGGAGACCUCGGUUUGCUGCAUUGGCGUGGUUUCUGAGAGGGGUUUUGAGUUGAUGAAUUGGUAAGGUUGUGUAUGGGACUUGGUUUGUGAGAAAGGCGGGGUUUUGUUUCUUCGGUAUCUUGGUUGGAGGAUUUUAUGCACCUGAUGCGGAACAUUUGGGUGGGCUGAGGUACCUGAGCGAGAGGGGAGAUGGAUGAGAGUGGCGGGUCUUUUGUAGAGGUGAGGAGAAUAUCUCAGGCGCCGGAUCGAGGGAGCGUCUACCACUCGUCACCUGAGAUUAUCACAGGAUCUACUGCCUGGAUUGGAAGAGGCUUUUCAUGUGUUUGUGCUCAAAGAAGAGAAAAUGAUGUUCGUUUGUCAUUUGACCUAACACCCUCACAGGAGGAAUGUUUACACAGAUUACAAAACAGGAUUGACAUUACCUAUGAUGGAUCCAAACAAGAGCACCAGGAAGCCUUGAGGGGCCUCUGGUACACUGCUUAUCCUGAAGUUGAACUUCGUGAUAUAAUAUCCGAACAGUGGAAGGAAAUGGGAUGGCAGGGAAAGGAUCCGUCUACAGAUUUUAGGGGUGGUGGUUUCAUAUCCUUGGAAAACCUAUUAUUCUUUGCCAGGAAUUAUCCUAAAUCAUUCAACGAUCUUCUCAGAAAGCAGGAUGGUAACAGAGCUCUUUGGGAAUACCCCUUUGCGGUUGCCGGUGUAAAUAUAACAUUCAUGCUUAUACAGAUGCUGGAUCUUCAAGUUGUGAAACCAAGGUCACUUGUUGGAGUUAUUUUUCUGAAGCUACUUUCUGAGAAUGACCGGGCCUUUGAUAUACUAUACUGCAUAACUUUCAAAUUGAUGGAUCAGCAAUGGCUUGCCAUGCGGGCCUCCUACAUGGAUUUCAAUAUGGUUAUGAAAUCAACACGUCGUCAGCUGGAGCAUGAGUUGCUACUGGAAGAUGUCUGCCGAGUCGAGGAUUUACCUUCCUACAGCCUUCUUACUCGCUGACUAGCACCCUCUCAGUUAACAUUUCUAGUCCCGGAAGCCACAAAACACAUCGAUUCAGCUGUUUCCUUUGUGAUUGCUCCUGCUCAAAUUUGUUAAUGCCUGCUUUUGAUUUUUCUGUGUUAUUCAUUUUGAGACAGUAAGUUGUCUUUCACGGUCCAUGUUUUCUGGAAUUGUUUUCUCCCAAUAAUUAGUUAUUCUCCACGCAUUCUCAUCAA